AUGCUGAAUGAAACCACCUUACCAUCAUCAUCACCAUCUCCUCAAUCCCCACCUUACUACGAACUCUCAUCUGAUACUGAAUCAUCUGACCAUCAAUCCCCCACUCUGGCUCAGCUCCAAGAUCGUGCUCUGGCCUCUCAAAAGCCAUCACAUCCUGACCCUAAACCUGAAGUCACUUCCCCACCUCCGGAAUAUCCAAAUCCAACCACAUCUGAACCACAAUCAUUUGAACCAACCCACUCUGAACCACAACCAUCUGAACCAACCCAAUAUGAACCAAAACCAUCAGAACCAACCCACUCUGAACCACAACCAUCAGAACCAGCCCACUCUGACAUACCAAAACCCAUCACUUCCGCUGAGCCAACAACUCCCACACUCAAUCUAAGUGCCCAUAUUUCACCCUCCUCACCCUCCCAAGCCUCUUCCAAUAAACCAGAAACUACCCUUCCUACCCUUGAAGUAGUAAUUAAGGCUAUUGCUGAUGUUGCUGCUGCUGGAGCUGAGGCAAAAGCUAAAACCGACGCUGAAGAAGCAGCUCGUAUUGCCAAAGAAGUUGCUGCCAAAGCCAAAGCUGAUGAACUGACUCAGGGGGAGCCCUCCCACUCUGGGUUCGUCCCUUUGGUCCUGAAGACUCUCGAAGAACUGCAGAAAGAACAACAGGUAGUUCGAGCCAGACUAGAUCAACAGGACUCCGUCAACGUAAACAUUUAG